GUAAUAAGUUGUUUGAUUCACAUAUUCUGUCUUUUCUUUGGUCUCUCUCCUCAGUGGACUUAAAGUUUUAAACUUUCACACAUAAGCUUCAAUAUAUUGGAGCAGAUUUCUCUUUUUUUAAAACCCAGCACAGACACUCCUCCUGUGAGCUCAGGCUGUGUGUGAGGUGUGACUGUGCCAGUGAGGGUGUGACUUUGAACCUGUCUCUGAAUCAACCUCAGACCUGUUUUCAGAGGACUCUCUUCCAUCCUGUGUGUGUGACAGAAACGACACAGCCGCCAACAUGCCUGAGACCGCAGAGUCGCACAUCGUCGCCCUCACCACCAACCGUGUGUGUGUCAUAGAGAUCAAGAACGCCAGCAGUCGUUAUUGUCUCUACAAACCAAAGGUGCACAUGGAGAGCGGCUUUCCCUUCAGCCCUCCGACGCCCACCCUGCGCAGCACCAUGACCGAGGUGUGCUCCUUCACCAAGGACGACAACACGGCGUCGGGCGCCGUGGGCGUGCUGACCUACGAGCUGUUCGACAUGCAGCAGCGCAGCGCCAGCGAGCUGGUGGCGGUCAUGUUCUCUGUGCCGUUCGACUACAACUUCUACAAGAACUGGCUCGGCGUGGGCAUCUUCGAGGACUCGCGCGCCUGUGACAAGAAGCUGUUUGAGGAGAUGUACAACAGCAAGGAUAUGACCAACUUUGAGCGCUACGAGGCGGACGGCUCGGGGAUCGUGUUCAAGGGGAAGAUGCUGGACGUGAGGGCCUGCAUGAACGACGAGGGCAGGGCCAUAGUCAAACUGGAGCUGUACGACAAGAUGGGCAGAUGAGUCCCACUGUAAUGAAAUGUUAACACCAAAACCAGUUCACUGAUGUGGAAUAAACGAUCAUUCUUGUCAUGUAAUGAAAAUAAAAAACAACAUAAUUUGA